AUGGACUCGGCUCAGGCUUCGGCCCUGACCAAGAAAUACCCCGAGCAUCUCUUUCCGGUGUGGACCUUCUCGGCAAUAAUCAUAUGGACCGGAUGCGGUCUUUCCCGCUUUCCGGAUCUUACGAUAACUGAAUUCGUUCGGGUAUUCGACGAACUCUUUGACGUCGAAUCCAGUCACGCCGGCCUUUUCCUCUGGGACACCUACAGCGCUUUGAAAGCCUGUGUCUACCAGGCAAGAGUAGGAAACGACGACAAGGGUAAUGCACUAAACACAGUCGGUCACAUAUCUUCCCUGUACGAACAUGUCAACACUGCUAAAAGACGUGUAUUCGGUAUGAUAUCUCUGUUCGAGGUUAGCGCAUUCGUCGCCGUCAGAGCCAACGAGGAGAUCAUCCGCGGGGUUCAAGUCAUGUUCGACACAGACGGACUGGAAGGCGUAUGGCAAAAGCCCCUGACUGAGCUGAAGUCACAUACUGAACUGAGGGCGAAGGAGUUCAGGGAUUUGGGAUUGGCCGAGCACAUGGCAGAUUCCGAAGCUGCAUGCAAGUGGAUCGGCUGGACCUCCGACAUUCUCGAUGACCUUCAGGACAAAGUGCUACAUGAUCAAUUUGGUCGAAGGGUAAGGGCUCAUGUGAACCCUCUCGUUGGCCUUGAACCACAAGCCCUUGGAGUUGAACCGGACGCUCUCUUGGGUCAGCAUCCCGCUCUAUGUGGCUUUUUCAAGCACAAUCUCUACCUCCAACUAGAAAUCCGGGCUAUGAGCUUGGAGGAAGAUCAGUUUACUCUCACGACAAUGAUGCAUCUAUAUGUGGCCCGUCGUUCCGUCUUCCCCAACGACCCCAACAUGAAGUCAUUGUUCUUCGGCGGCCUUCCGGGCUCAGUGGAGGAAGCCAGAAAGAAGGCUUGCCUGGCCUUUGGAUUCAAACUCUCACAGUUUGCACGCGACGCCAGAUCAGGGGGCCAUGUGGACCCCAAGAUGGCCCGCCAGAGUUGGUUCGCCGAUUUGAGAAGGACCAUUCAGAACCCGGCUUCAAUAGCCCGCCUCUCUCGCCUCCUCCAGCUUCCGGUUGAAACUACAGCGAAACUCGCCGAGCAGUGGUCGCGAGUAGGGCACAUGCCACAUACACCCCUCCAACUUAACGUUUUGAUGCGAUGCGAGUUCCUGGACCUCCAUUUUGGCUGGUUUUCCCUAAUGGGUUCAUGUGAGGACAUGUUCAGUAAAAUCAGAGCCAAAGUUCGGGAGGAAACCGGAGAGCACUUCGAGCAUCGCUCGGAGCUCCUCCUCGCAAUACUUACCCAGGCCGAGGGAUUGGAAGGCAUAGCGCGAAACAUGAAGAUAGAUGUACCCCUAAUUUUGCGGCAACAUUCGAGUCCGCUGGCGCAAGCGUGGAACAUUAUGAAGACGGCGUUCAUGAAGGAGACUGAACAUCCCUUCCAAAUUCCCGGUACCACAGGGUCUGUACCGAUGAAAUCUUGGGCUGGUGACCAAGAACUUCUGCGAAUGGCGCAGAGACACUGCGGCAUCAGCGCUUAUCCUAACAUCGCCGUCCGACAUAUGCAGACACAACUGUAUGAGAACUGGCCCGCAGCCAGCAUAGAGAUGAGUGCAGUCCGGCGCUACCAUCACGAUUCUUACCUUCAACAUGAGGCAAUCAGGAGGGAGGCAGGUAUGUCCGGGUAA